AUGGGUUAUCAUUGGUCUUCCACACUUCUUCUAUUAAUAUUCUUUUUUUCUUCCAUUCAACCUUCACUGACAUUUGAAGACGAGAAGACCUACACUUUAGCUUUAACAAUGUGUGUUGCUCCGAAGAAAUAUGACAUGGUUUCCUUUACUAUUGAUUAUCUAUUAAACGCGUAUUCCUUUGACCAUUCGAACAUCAAUAUAACAUUUUUCAUCACACGUGGCUGUGUCGAUUGUGACUUUGAAGGGUAUCACAAGGUUGUUGAUGCACUAACAUUACGAGGUAUAACGGUAUAUGAAGUGACUCUUCUUCCCAUUUCCUUUCGAAAUGAUAAGACGUUUCGCGAAGCUGCCGACAAAUUUGAGAGUUGGGUGGUCGACUUUAAAAAGGAAGACGCGAACAACAGACCGUUUCAUCGAUGGAAACAUUUUACUAAAGAUAACGUCAUCAAUUAUUAUUCACUCAAUUUGGCGCUCUACGCCAAAAACACUAUUAACCCGGACUUCAUCAUGUUUCUCGAGGACGACACGUCGUUCGACAGAAAGUUCUUUCAACUGCUUUAUUCGCUCUUUUCGAAGUAUCACGACGGCGAAAACGUGUUAAUUCGGACAAUCAUCGAUCGAUUCAAUUUGUUCAGUCGAGUCAUCCCACCGGGAGGAACAGAGUGUCUCCCCGGAUUCUUUGGAAUACUUCUUGGUAGAAAAGAGGCAAAAAGGUUCUUUAAAAUGUACAAGUAUGAUAAGUAUGCAGUCUGCGGUGACGCUUUUAACUGUUACAUGUCGGAGUUUUUGAAAUUGCCAACACCUGUGUAUCAUUGGGGAAAACACUUGUCUAAGGAUGUCAACUGGGACGUCUACUGGAACAUUAAAGAUAUGUUAUAUUGGGAGGGGUUAUGCAAUAACUGA